UAAACACACAACUCCGGGAUGAAGAUCGUGCAGGAUAUUGGAGCUAUAGCCAGGCCAUCGCAGAUCUACGCCUUGCUUCCAUUUUAUGCAGGGAACGAAGAGGAGAGUUUUCGGUUUGGCAGACUGGGUCGCUGGUAUGGACGCCUGGUGGCCUUAACUAUAUUGAUUAGCUCCCUUUUUUUCGGCCACGACGUGCUCUUCGCGUCCAGCGAAUACAGAUUGGUGGCCAAUAACCAAGGGGACACUGAGGAAAUCAACCGGACCAUCGAGACACUCCUCUGCAUCGGCAGCUAUACGAUGAUGGUCUUGUCCAGUGUGCUGCAUGCAUCCAGGCACUUUCGAACUCUGCGGGAUAUUGCCAAAAUCGAUGAGUAUCUGGUGAUCAGUGGCUUCCGGGAGAACUACAGCUGCCGGAAUGUGAGCAUCCUGGUCGGAACGGCAGCACUUGGAGUACUCGCGGUGGCCUUCUACUACAUCCACUUUCGAAGUGGCAUUAACUACAAGAAGCAGGUCAUCCUGCUCCUGGUCUACUCAUUGCAGUUGCUCUACUCCACUGUCUUUGCCAUUUAUCUGCGGACUCUACUGAGGAGUUUGGCGCAACGAAUUGGAUUCCUCAACCAACGCUUAGAUGCAUUCUGCCUUCAGGAAAAUGUGGCCGACACCAUGGGUCUAUCCUAUGCCUGGGUGCUGGCCGAAACCAUCACCAUGGCCAUGAUCUGCAGCGCCUGCGACUGCCUGGCAUCCGAGGCGAAUAGUACGGUCCAGAUUCUGGCAAGGGUAUACGGCAAAAGUAGACAGUUCCAGAACCUCAUCGACAAGUUCCUCACCAAGAGCAUUAAGCAGGAUUUGCAGUUCACCGCCUACGGAUUCUUUGCCAUUGACAACUCCACGCUUUUCAAGAUCUUUUCGGCUGUGACCACAUACUUGGUGAUACUCAUUCAGUUCAAGCAGUUGGAGGACUCCAAAGUGGAUGAAAUUAAUCAGGCUUAAUAUGGGUUAACUCACCAAACAUUGCCUAUCUAUUUUA